AUGACACAACGCAAAGGCGAGAAACCCACCAUCAGCAUCCAGGAGCACAUGGCCAUUGACGUGUGCCCUGGCCCCAUCCAGCCCAUCAAGCAGAUCUCAGACUACUUCCCCCGAUACCCGCGGGGCAUCCCCCCAGCUGCGCCCCUCCAGGCGGGCCCCGCCGGGCCCCCGAGCCCGGCCCUCUCCACCUCCACCUCCAACCCGGCCGCCGCUGCCGAAAGCGACCGCCCCAAUGAGGAUAAACCGGACCGGGCUUGUGCUGGAGCCUCCGCCUCCUUACAGGCCACCAAGAGGGACGAGGAGCCCGACGUGGAGGGAUACGACUCGGACGACUCCACGACAUUGGGGACCUUGGAAUUCAGUUUGCAGUACGACCAGGAGAACAAUGCGCUGCACUGCACCAUCAACAAAGCCAAGGGGCUCAAGCCAAUGGACCACAAUGGGCUUUCUGACCCCUACGUCAAGCUGCAUCUACUGCCCGGAGCCAGCAAGGCCAAUAAACUUCGAACCAAGACCCUGCACAACACGCUCAACCCCGUCUGGAGCGAGACCCUGACCUACUACGGCAUCACCGACGAGGAUAUGGUCCGCAAGACACUCAGGAUCUCCGUGUGCGACGAGGACAAAUUCCGACACAACGAGUUCAUCGGGGAAACGCGGAUCCCGCUGAAGAAGCUGAAGCCCAACCAAAUCAAAAACUUCAACAACUGCCUGGAGAAACAAUUACCUGUCAACAAGACGGAAGACAAGUCCCUGGAGGAACGAGGACGCAUCAUGAUUUCUCUCAAGUACAACACCCAGAAGUCUUGCCUGGUCGUGGGCAUCAUACGCUGCGCUCACCUCGCCGCCAUGGACGCCAACGGCUUCUCCGACCCCUAUGUCAAAACGUACCUGAAGCCCGACGAGAACAAAAAGUCAAAGCACAAGACUGCUGUGAAAAAGAAGACGCUCAAUCCAGAGUUCAACGAGGAGUUCUGUUACGACAUUAAAUAUGCAGACCUCACCAAGAAGACCUUGGAGGUGACCGUGUGGGACUACGACAUCGGGAAGUCCAACGAUUUCAUAGGUGGAGUGUCUCUGGGUAUCAAUGCAAACGGAGAGAGGCUCAAACACUGGUUUGACUGCCUUAAAAACAAGGACAAGAAAAUUGAGCGCUGGCACACGUUGACCAAUGAAUUACCCGGUUCGUUAAAUGACUGA